CAUCAGCUUAGCCUCGAAUAUCACGUCCCACACACUCCAUAGAAGCAUCAGCAUACGCUCAUAGUACGAACUGCUUAAUUGCCACUGUGCAGAACCCCCUGCCACACCAGUGCUACGCCUGGCGCAACCACUCAUCUGUUCCCCUCCUUCAAGCCUACAAGAAGUCCUCGAUAAUUUGCAAAGCGCAUCUCAGUGCUUGCCUACAUAGCACCCCUGUCCACCGUUCGUCACUACUGCCAUGCUUCGGCAAGUAGCCUCCUCAUCGUCCUCGGCCCUUCGCAGGCAGGCAUCGUCAUCAUCGUCAUCAUAUGCCGCCUUCUCAUCGUUCAGGGACACACCCUCCUCCGCCAGGCUCCUCGCUGCACCCGCACGGCGUGUAGGCGAAGUUGCGGUCCUCCCUCCUCCUCCUCAGGGAAGACAUCAGCGCUUCUACGCUACCUCUUCGGAUCUUGAAAGCUCAACUUCGAAGGGCGGCAAAGAGGGUCGAGAUGUCCCUCCCCCUUCGAUUUCCAUCACCCACACCACUUCACCCUCGAAACGUCAGAAAAGUCUGUAUGCGACCAGAGACACUUUAGACAGCCCUACGCCGUCAGAAUCAAGACAGGGCAAGACCGCUACUUCAUCAUCGCCAUAUUCCAAACGCAGCUUGGACUCCAGCCCUAAAGAGGCAAGCUCCCUGCUUGCUACGCAGCAUCGCCCCGCCGUGAAUCAGUCUACAAGCGUUGCUCGCUCAGACGAUGGUAAUCUACCUUCAUCUCAGUCACAGCCGGCUGAGCCUGCCGUAGAGAAAAAGACGAUCAUGUCCCGUGUCAAAGGCAUCUACACACAGCUCAAGUUCCUCUUUCAAUUCUACCUCAAUGGAGUGAAACAGAUCUGGAGGGAUCGCAAGCGCGUGAUUGCGAUUCGGGAAGCUUGUCAGGUGGAAGGAGGCAGGCAACAGACCUGGGCAGAGGCAAGGUUAAUGCGGACGCAUAGCAAAGACCUCAAAAAGCUACCCUUAUUCUUGGCCAUCCUGCUCAUCUUGGAAGAAGUGUUGCCAUUGGUCGUCAUCUAUGCACCGUUCUUGCUCCCUUCGACCUGCAUCUUGCCCUCACAGACUGCCAAGAUUCGCCAAACAGAGGAGGUGAAAAGAGCUAACGCUGUUGAGGCUCUGAGAAACUCCCGAGAAGUGCAAGAGCUCAUGGACGUUGCUGGUCUGCCGCUGAAGGGCAGCCUGGAAGAUCUCAAAGAGAGAAUCAGCAUGAGACUUGCCGGUGGGGAGUCAAGGCAAGAGGAAGCUUUGAGGAGAUGGAGGAGCCUUGGCAAGGAAAGCUUGACGGGUCUGAGCAAAGUAUUUGGUCUACCUACUCUCGCCCGUCCUGCCGUAAUCUUGCGCUCCAAUUUAGAGUCACAUCUCCUCUAUAUGGUUCAAGACGAUGCUCUCCUGGCCAACGCCACGACCACAAAGGCUCCAGCAACAUCUCCAUACGAGGCCGAUUCCGUCAGCUUCACACCAGCUGCCGACCUCCCGCUGCCAACUACUUCGGCCGUAACUGCUGCCGAAGUGUUGAGUGAGCGCGGACUACGGGCCAGUGGAGCGGACCAUGGAGAGAUGAAGCGCGACCUGCAAGGCUGGCUCGACCUCGUCACCCUCUUCAACUCGUCUUCUUCGAGCCCGAGCUCGUCAGAACCACAUCAGGGCAAGAACGCAACUCCAUCCCUCUCUCUGCGUCGCAUCCUUCUCCCUCUCUCCCUCUACCCUCCGCCCUCUCUCUUCACCCCUUCACUUAGGGAGAUGGAGUUGCGAGAGGAAAAGGAGAGCGAAAGGGGAGUGGUGGAAAAGAGCAAGAUCGUCUUUCAUGAGGUGGUCGAGGCGCAGGAGAAGGAGGUGAAGAAGGAGAAGGUAGAUAAGGCCGAUGGCGUGAGCAAGGUAUGACAUGAAUAGAAUAGAGAGUAAGAGGCAUGAUGGGUGUGGGAUUGGGGGAAAAGGGAGAGAGCGGUAGGCACGUAUUGCAUUGUAUCACUCCUCACACACUAAGGCUAUCAGCUUCUCAUUUGUACACACCAGAUUGAGCAGAAGUGUCCAAGGUGAAGCGCAGGAAGCGGGCUGGAGCGAGCAAGGAAGUACAUGAGAAUGGACCACACGGCUCCACAGGUAGAUCUACAACCGCUUCGCAUCACCAGCACUGCAUUCAGGUCCGCGAUCUCUCA